GGCGACUAGGGGUUAUCCCACUAAGAGCAUCCUAUCAGUACGGAGGAACUCUGACUGUACACAAGAGAUUUUUCAAGAUUUGCAGCAAAACAGCAUCACAAUAAAGCAAGGUCCUUGGUUGCUGGAACUGAUGGGCCGCAGUAUAUUGCCACCAUGCCCUGUCUUGGUAGUGGUACCAUAAGACUAAAGAGACUAAAACUAAGAGGUUUGGUGCCAUGUUUGAUCUGCGAAAGCCUGAGUCGCAGCCAUCAUGAUUCCCGUGGCCGAGUUCAAGCAGUUCACGGAGCAGCAGCCGGCCUUCAAAGUGCUAAAACCCUGGUGGGAUGUCCUGGCCGAGUAUAUCACCAUCGCCAUGCUCAUGAUUGGGGUCUUUGGAUGCACCCUACAGAUAACUCAGGAUAAGAUCAUAUGUCUACCUAACCAUACCUCUGCUGACUAUGUUUCUCAAAUCACCUGCAAAGAGUACUCCCAAAACACACAAGCCACAAACUCUAGUGAAGAGCAGGCUGUAUCCACCCCAUCUCCAGCUUCUACUCCCAGUCCCCCGCGUGAGAUGAGUGGACUACGUAAUAACUUGGACCUUCAGCAGUACAGCUUCAUAAAUCAGAUGUGCUAUGAAACUGCGUUACAUUGGUAUGCAAAGUACUUCCCAUAUCUUGUGGUCAUUCACACCCUAAUUUUCAUAAUUUGUGGAAACUUCUGGUUCAAAUUUCCUGGCACUAGCUCAAAAAUUGAACAUUUCAUCUCCAUCUUGGGCAAAUGUUUUGAUUCUCCGUGGACAACUCGAGCCCUGUCUGAGGUUUCAGGAGAGACCACCACACAGGAGAAGGUGGCAGAGAGAGACCUUUCGAAGACCAACUUUGAUGAAACCAGUCCAGUAAUGGCUGAUGUCUCUGUUCCAGAGAAAAUUGUGGUAGAGACUCCUUCAGCUAGUGUUCUGGACAAAAAGGAAGGAGAGCAAGCUAAGGCCUUGUUUGAGAAGGUCAAGAAAUUCCGGCAUCAUGUGGAAGAAGGUGAUAUUCUCUAUUCCAUGUACAUGCGUCAGACUAUAUUAAAAGUCUGCAAGUUUGUUCUAAUCACCGUCUACAAUGCUGCCUUGGUUGGGCAAAUACACUUUAUCGUCCCCUGUAGCGUGCAUACAGAGGACAUGACUGGAUACAACAGUUUUUGCUGCAACCACACUAAAGCCCACCUCUUCUCCAAGCUGGCUAUCAGCUAUUUGUGCUUCCUGGGCGUAUAUGGCUUAACCUGUUUCUAUACACUCUACUGGCUCUUUCGUCGUCCCCUCAAGGAGUAUUCGUUCAGAUCAGUGCGAGAAGAAACAGGGAUCGGGGAUAUCCCUGACGUGAAGAAUGAUUUUGCAUUUGUACUUCAUUUAGUGGAUCAGUAUGAUUCCCUCUACUCUAAAAGAUUUGCUGUCUUUCUAUCAGAAGUUAGUGAAAGUCGGCUACGGCAGCUCAAUCUCAACCACGAGUGGCCAGCCGAUAAACUAAGACAGAAACUUCAGCAAACUCCAGAAGGCCGCCUGGAACUUCAUCUCUUCAAGCUGCCAGGAUUGCCAGAUACAGUGUUUGAAGUGACUGAGACCGAAUCCCUUAAACUUGAAAUGCUCACUGAGGCCCUUAUCCCUCCGUUGGUGUCCAAGUUAGUCAAGUUAGAAGAGUUGUCGUUGUUUAACUGCCCGGCUAAAGUCCAACAUGCUUCCCUGACUUACCUCCGGGACAAUCUUAGGGUUCUUCAGAUUAAAUUUGAAGAUAUAAAAGAGAUUCCACUUUGGGUUUUUAGUCUUCGGGCUCUUGAGGAGCUACAUUUGUUUGGCUACCUGUCCCCAGAUGCCUCGAAAAAUGUUGCGCUUGAAAGCUUAAAGGAGUUAAAAAGUCUAAAGGUGUUGAUGCUAAAGGGCAAUCUUUCCAAAGUUCCUCAGACUGUUGCAGAUGUGGCCAGCCAUUUGCUAAAGCUCUGUAUACAUAAUGAUGGAACCAAGCUCCUUACACUUAAUGCAUUGAAAAGGCUUUCCUUGUUAAAAGAAUUAGAGCUUAUCCGAUGUGAUCUCGAGCGGAUUCCUCAUGCGGUCUUCAGUCUCAACAAUCUACAGAUGCUGGACUUGAAGGAGAACAGCCUGCAUACCAUAGAAGAAAUCAUCAGUCUGCAGCACUGCCGGAAACUAAGCAUUCUACGCUUGUGGCACAACCACAUUGCCUACAUCCCCGAGCACAUCCGCAAACUGAAGGGUCUUGAAGAGUUGUGCCUAAAUCGCAACAAGAUCCUUGUAUUGCCACCUCAACUUUUCCUGUGUACCAAACUACGCCACCUUGACCUCUCCUUUAAUGAAAUCCGAGAGCUGCCACCAGAAGUGGGAGUUCUGCAGAUGCUGCAGUUCUUGGCUUUGACGGGGAACUUCUUGGAAGAUCUUCCCAAUGAGCUAUUUUUCUGCCAAAGGCUUAAGACUUUGAAGUUAGGUCAGAAUAAACUUACAAGUUUGUCACCCAGAAUUGGGUCCCUUGUCUCCUUAGUAAGACUGGAAUUAAAAGGGAAUAAGAUCGACCUGCUGCCACCAGAACUCGGGUCAUGCACUGGUCUUAAAAAGACUGGUUUUGUGGUGGAACAUUCUUUGCUGGAGACCUUACCUCUAGAUGUUAGAGAUAGGCUAAGUGAAGAUGUAUAGUGGGGUUGGAUGCUAGAACAGUCAUUUGAAAAUGGUCUAGUUUGAUAAAACCCACCUCCGUAAUCACCAAAAAGUUGGGAAAAGUACAGAGACUAUGAAGAACAGGUAAACGUGAUCUGAGAAGGUCAACCAAGAUAUUUUGUUAAAUACCUCCCGUUGUUUGUCUUACAUUACUCGGCAUGCAUUGUGUAUACCUCCAUAAUAGCCUUAUUAAAAGUUGACAUCUUCAAGAAUGUCUUCAAGACCAAGAAGUCUUAGCUCAGGAAUAUGCUUCUUUCGAGGUCAAACUAAUCUUCUAUUCUGAUUGUAUCCAUAUAGAGGAGAGUUGUCAGUCCAUGAUGUGUUGGUUACUUUUUCUUAAGCUGUUGACGUCUGUAUAUUUGGUUUUAUUUAAGACAGUUGUUACAUAGAGGUUCUAUGCAAUAUUUGAAUAUCUGUGUUUACUAAUAAGCUAUCGUACCUACACCCACCACUUGACUGUGUAGAAAAUGAAAAAUGCUGAUUUGCAGAUGUUCUGGAGGGUCUUGCACCCUUACUGUCCUAAGUUGAGGCCAGAUGUGAAGCCUGCACUAUAAAUGUUUAAACCAGCAUUUCUUACCCAGGGUACCACGAGCUGUUGGCAAAUUACAACUCCCAAUGGCGGUCUUGGCAAGUUGGGAGUUUUAAUUUGGCAACAGCGCAAGGCACCCUGGGUAGGAAACGCUAAUUAAAGGAACACUUCUUAAAGGGGUACGCCGCUGCUCAGCGUUUGGAAAAAACUGUUCCGAAGGCUGGAGCUGACACCAGGAGCUUGUGGCGUUAGAGCACCGCCCCCUCAUGACGUCACACCCCACCCCCUCAAUGCAAGUCUAUGGGAGGGGGCAUGACAGCCGUCACGCCCCCUCCCAUAGACUUGCAUUGAGAGGACGUGAUGUCAUGAGGGGACGGGGCUAUGACGUCACGAGCUGCCGGCUCCAGCGUUCGGAACAGUUUGUUCCAAACGCUGAGGAGCGGAGUACCCCUUUUAAGCCAAGCGUAGGCUCUGGGGGGUGCUCAAAAGGAUGCAAAAGAUGCACUCUCCCUUCAGUUCCUUCUUUAGGCCCCAUUCACGUGGUGGAAGUUCCAAGCAGAAUGCAGCAAUUCGGUUGCAGCAGGUUCCCAUUCUUUUCAAUGGGAUUCUGCUGCAUUGUGCACACGACGGAAUUUCAGUAGCGGAAACAUCUGCCAUUGAAAUUCAGAUUCUGGCCUCUGCAGAAACAAUUCACAUGUCCUAUUCUUUCUGCGGAGUUUGCUUGGAAAUGCAUUGCUGUCUAGGGUGAUGAGGUGUUUCUGAGUAAUCCUAGCAACUGCAUGUUCUGCCAGUGCCCACUUUCUGCAAAAUGUCUGCUGAAAAUUUUCCAGACGGACGUUCCGCAAAAAAAAAAAAAAAUCUGUCUUGUGAACAUUAGAUAUAACGCAGUGUAUUAGAUUCCCUGGAGCCUUCCUGAAGCAUUAGAAUGGUUUAGCAUCUUAUCGAAUGACCAGCACGUGGC